AUGGCUAUGUCGGCAACAAUGUUACGCCGUACUUUGAUAAACGGUACAUUGUACUCUGCAGUUGCUCUUCGAUUUGCAUCCUGUCAGCCAGAAAAGAAAGUAUUCUUCGAUGUUACUGCAGAUGGAGAACCUCUAGGACGUAUAGUUAUAAAACUGGAGACUGAUAUGGUUCCAAAAACAGCGGAAAACUUUAGGGCCCUGUGCACUGGUGAAAAAGGAUUUGGAUACAAGGGUUCCUCUUUCCAUAGAAUCAUUCCCAACUUUAUGUGCCAAGGAGGUGAUUUCACCAACCAUAAUGGCACUGGUGGAAAGUCUAUUUAUGGGCGUGUUUUCCAAGACGAAAACUUCAAACUGAAGCACACUGGCCCAGGAAUAUUAUCGAUGGCUAAUGCGGGCCCUAACACUAACGGAUCUCAAUUCUUUAUUACAACUGUGCCAACUCCCUGGCUUGAUAGGAAACAUGUAGUUUUUGGUGCUGUGGUAGAGGGUAUGGAUGUUGUAUCUAAAAUGGAAAGUUUGGGAUCUGCAAGUGGAAAGCCUACUAAAAAGGUUACCAUUACUGAGUGUGGUGAGUUUCGUGAAGAAAUUGGCAUCAAAGAAGCCGCUCAGUGA